AUGAGAUCUAUUCAGGUAGCUGCUGACCGGUCCCGGGUAAAACUAGGCAGUGGCCACGUCUUGUAUAGCCUCUAUUCCGGACUCGAAAAAUACAACCUGACAACCCUUGGGGGCCGGGUCGCCGGUGUUGGCCUUGGGGGGUAUGCAAUUGGGGGCGGCUUUUCAAGUUUGUCACCUGCGUAUGGCCUUGCCAUGGAUAAUAUUUUCGAAUAUGAGCUUGUUCUUCCCAAUGCAACGAUCGCAAGGGUCAAUCAGCAAACCCAUUCGGAUCUAUAUUUCGUAUUCAGGGGUGGCAUGAAUAACUUCGGAAUCGUCACACACUUUACGAUGAGGGCAGUCCCGCAAGGCCAAGUAUACGGCGGUAGCUGGGCGUUUUCAUCGCAGACCCGGGAUGCUGUUUUACAACAAGCCUAUGACUUGACCACGGUGUGGAAGAAUGAUACCACUAUGGCGUUCUACUACACUUUCGCAUAUGACCAAAGCCUGGAUGACUUUAGUAUUGCAGUGAGCCAGGAAUAUGCCCUGCCAUCCGAGUCAGACACUCUCCGCAUAGAUUGGCUAAGCAAUUUUGGUACGGAUGGCAUCUCCCCUGGUGGUGGUCGGAAUCUGUAUGCGACGGUGACAUACCAACCAUCUGUCGGCCUCGACAGAAAGUUACAGGACAUCUUGAUCGAAGAACUACAACCGAUCAAAUCAAUAUCAGGGUUCUCUCCCAGCCUUGCUAUCCAGCCUCUUUACGAAGCAGCCGUCCGGGCAAAUCAUGAACGAGGAGGAAGUGCUGCGGGAAUACAGGCCGAAGGCCCUCUUACUGGUAUGUCACAGACAACUUCCCAUGCAAUUUGGACGUCAGCAAAGUCUAUGAAGUUUUGUAAAGUCCAGUCUCUUACUCUGCCAGUUGUACUGUUUAACACGAGAUGGGAUGAUGAGAAGGAUGAUGACGCUAUUAAUGCACUCGCAAAUAGGUGGCUACAGAGGUCACUUGCUGCUACUAACGAUGCGGGCAAGACUCAUCCAUGGCUUUACAUCAACUAUGCCAGUAAAGCACAGGAUCCGUUUGCUGGCUAUGGAGAGGCCAAUUUGCGCAAGCUGACUGCUAUCCAGAGAGCGGUUGACCCGAAUGGAAUUUUCACCUCAAAGGGACUAUGCAGGGGUAAUUUCAAGCUGCUUUAA